CGACCCCGACAAACAGGAACCAUCCAAACACGGGCUGAGCUAUGCCGUUAUCAUCUCUCUCCCUCCUCCGCCACCACCCGCCGCGCCCUCUCCCGCCAACUUCAAAUCGUCAGCCGCCACCGCCACAACCCCGCCUACUCCUCCCUCCGUUCACAGGGCGCCGCGCCUUCGUCUGCCAGCCGCUCGCCGCGGCCACGGACGACAUGGCUGCUGCGGCCGCGGCGGCGUCGCCCCCCACGCUGCUCGAGCACAUGGGCCAGGCGGGCACGGCCGCUGACCUCACUGUCCUCGUGGCGCAUAUCCAGAGCGCAUGCAAGCGCAUCGCGGCUCUCGUAGCGUCCCCCGGCAACGCCGAACUGUCGCGGUCUAAUAAGGCGGGGCGUGGGACCGUGGCGGCCGGGCGUGACGCGCCUAAGCCGCUCGACGAAUUGUCGAAUGAUAUCAUCUUGUCAUCGCUCCAAAGUUCUGGAAAGGUUGCAGUGCUAGCAUCCGAAGAAAAUGAUCUUCCCAUUUGGAUAUCUAAUGACGGUCCAUAUGUUGUUGUUACUGAUCCGCUUGAUGGUUCUCGCAACAUUGAGGUCUCCAUACCUACUGGAACAAUAUUUGGGAUCUACAAUAGGCUGGUGGAGCUGGACCAUCUCCCUUUGGAGGAGAGAGCUCAGCUCAAUUCACUGCAAAGUGGAACUCGCCUUGUUGCUGCUGGGUAUGUCCUGUACUCAUCUGCCACCAUCUUGUGUAUCAGCUUCGGUGCAGGUACCCAUGCCUUCACAUUGGAUUGGUCGACCGGAGAAUUCAUCCUUACACAUCCUUCCAUCCAAAUACCCCCUAGAGGGCAGAUAUAUUCGGUGAAUGACGCUAGGUAUUUUGACUGGCCUGAGGGCUUAAGGAAGUACAUUGACACAAUCAGACAAGGCAAGGGACAGCAUCCGAAGAAGUACUCAGCUCGCUACGUGUGCUCACUGGUUGCUGAUUUCCACCGGACGCUCAUAUAUGGUGGGGUUGCUAUGAACCCAAGGGAUCAUCUGCGGCUGGUUUAUGAGGCAAAUCCUCUCAGUUUCCUUGCUGAGCAGGCUGGGGGUAGAGGGUCAGAUGGAAAGAACAGAAUCCUCAACAUUCAGCCUGUGAAGUUGCACCAGAGGCUGCCCUUGUUCUUAGGGAGCAUAGAUGACAUGCUUGAGCUGGAAAGCUAUGGAGAUGUGCAGCAGAAGGUUAAUCCUGGAUAUGAAGUUUAACGAUAUGUAAAAAGCUUCAGAUUUUUCAGGUGCCGAAGCAUACAAUAAGGUAACAGACGUGUGGCAACCCUAUAUUUGCAUACAAUAAGGUAGCCCACCACAACUUGCUUGGGACUAAACGCUUUGUUGUUGUUCUCUUUUCUGCCAAAAUUUGCUGUACCUUUGAGUGAAGUAUUAUGAUUUUUUUUGGCAGCUACACAACCCUGCACCCUAUUUGUGAAUAAUAGAAAGUUUCUAAAAUCUAAACAUAUAUACAUUAUCUCUUAGCACCACCACCACA